CAGCUAGCUGCUGGCGGCCUGCUUAUUUCCCAACAAUUCGCCAGCCAAUAAGCCACGUUUGUUGGUGCACAUAUGGAAAUAGUAGCAAAGAGUAUAUAAAGAUUUCUUGUUUAAUUUUUCCACCAAAUAAACUUUUCAUACAUCCAUUCCUCAAAUCUGUGCCUCAAAACCUCAAGUGGGUCUUCAUAUUUUGUAGGUGUCCUACUUCCACUACUUCCAAUCCCCUUUUUCUAUCAACUUUCUUGCUUAUUCAUCGAUCAUCUCUUACUCAUCUCAAUCAAAGUAGUUGUUUAUUAAAUUCAUCUUUUCACCAAUAAAAUAGGAGAACGUUUCUCAUUUGAUGUCUAUAGAUCAGCAUCUGGGUUUUUGCUAAUUUGAAUCCAUCUUUCGCUUUCUCGGAUCUCAACGGUGGUAGUUUUUGAUUGAAUUCAUGAGAAAGUUUGCAUUGACUUUAUUGAACACAUAACGAUAGUGCUAGAAACAGUAUGAAAAAUCUUUUAAAGAAGCUACACAUCAAGUCAAGUCAGUCAUCAGAUUCAAGCUCACGACGGUCUGUAUCAAUCGAAACCCAUUCCGAAUCUCAAUCGGAUGAACUCAAUAAACCCCUAUCUGGGAUCACGGGGUGGCUUAAUUCAGUAACAAAUAAGCGAAGUUCAAGUCCUCGAUCUUCUUCAAAUUUGGAAACGAUUCAAGGGUUUGACUCCGUUAGCAGUAGUCAGUUGGAAGCUGCGAUGGAUGAAGUGAGGGUUUGGGAUUCAGGGUCUCGUAACUCUAGGGAUCCAGAAGUAGAAGAAGAGUAUCAACUUCAAUUGGCUUUGGAGUUGAGUGCGAGGGAAGAUCCAGAAGCUGCUCAGAUCGAAGCUGUUAAGCAGAUCAGUUUGGGUUCUUGUCCUCCAGAGAAUACUCCAGCUGAAGUCUUGGCCUUUCGAUAUUGGACUCAUUCAUACUUCACAGAAUUACAGUGCUCUUAGCUAUGAUGACAAGAUUCUUGAUGGGUUCUAUGAUCUUUAUGGAAUCUUAACGGGGCCCACAUCAUCAAAGAUGCCUUCCCUUGUGGAUUUACAAAAAACACCCGUAUCAGAUAAUCUUACAUGGGAAGCCAUUUUUGUCAAUAAAGCUGCAGAUUCCAAGCUUUUACAACUCGAACAAAAAGGCCUUGGACAUGGCUGUUAAGUCAACAUCUGGUCAAACUUUGGUGCAAAGACUUGCGGUUUUGGUUUCUGAUCACAUGGGGGGCCCAGUUGUGGACCCUGAUAAGAUGUUGAUUGCUUGGAGUGAUCUUAGUUCUACAUUAAAGUCGACUCUUGGAAGUAUGGUUUUGCCUCUUGGAUCUUUGAAAAUUGGAAUGGCAUGUCAUCGAGCUUUGCUUUUUAAGGUUUUGGCUGAUAGUGUAAGCAUCCCAUGUCGCCUAGUGAAAGGGAAACAAUACACGGGCUCCAACAAUGUUGCAAUGAACUUUAUAAAACUUGAUGAUGGAAGGGAAUAUAUUGUUGAUUUAAUGGCGGACCCCGGAACCCUAAUUCCAUCUGACACAAUAGGAGGAGGAGGAGGAGGAUUAACUGUAGAUUAUGAUGAAUCUUUCUCAUCAAGUCCAUGGUCUCCAGACGAUUUAGCUUCCUCAAGAAGUGGUGUCACUAGUUCAUCCGGUGAAUCAUCCGUGGUGGUUGCCGCCACCACCAACUCGUUACCGGUGGUGGCAACCACCACUAAAGAGACCAAACGUGGUGAAGCUCCGACGAUGACAAGGACACCUCAUCAUAUACACGCAAGAUCCACAUCAUGGACCGAAGGCAUAAGCUCUCCAUCUGUCCUCAAAAUGAAAGUCAAAGACGUUUCACAAUACAUGAUGGAUGCUGCAAAAGAAAACCCUCAAUUAGCUCAAAAACUACACGAUGUUCUACGCGAAAGUGGCGUUGUUGCUCCACCUGAUCUCUUCUAUGAGGAAGAAGAAUCAAGUGAAAGUCAAUGUCAAAGUCAAGGUCAAGGUCAAGGGCAUUUUGGUCAUUUAAAUAAUUUACCUCACCCUCGAUUCUUACCUCCAUUACCGAAAGUUUCUGGCAAACCAGAGAACCAGAACGUUUCUUACAUGAGAAACGUUCCGGUGGCGGCGGCGGCGGCUGCCGCCGCCGCAUCGAUGGUGGUUGCCGCCACGAGAAGUAUAGCGGACCUGAAGAUGCAACUUCCGGUGGCGGCGGCGGCAACCGUGACGGCGGCGGUUGUGGUGGCAACCACGACUGCUUCGGUUGCAAUGCAGUGUGAAAAUGAAAGUUUGAAUUUUUUGGAGUCUCCAAGAAGAGAUGGAGAUGGAGAAAGUCAAGAAAAUGAGAGAAGAUCGGAUAGGUCAACGGGUAAUGAAAGUACAAUGUCUGAGGUGUCACUUGAUGAGGUGGCGGAUUGUGAGAUAGCAUGGGAGGAUAUCACAUUGGGUGAACGAUCAUAUGGAGAAGUAUACCGUGGUGAUUGGCAUGGAACUGAUGUUGCUGUUAAAAAGUUCCUAGAUCAAGAAAUAACUACAGAAUCCCUUGAGGAAUUCAGAAGUGAGGUCAGGAUCAUGAAAAGAGUUAGACAUCCAAAUGUUGUACUCUUCAUGGGAGCUGUUACACGUGCACCACAUCUUUCAAUUAUAACCGAAUUUCUUCCAAGAGGUAGUUUAUAUAAGUUACUACACAGGCCUAAUAAUCAACUAGAUGUUCGAAGGCGAUUAAGAAUGGCUCUUGAUACUGCUCGAGGUAUGAAUUAUCUGCACAACUGCACACCUGUUAUAGUUCACCGUGAUUGGAAGUCUCCAAAUCUUCUUGUUGAUAAGAAUUGGGUUGUAAAGGUUUGUGAUUUUGGGUUGUCAAGAAUGAAGAACAGCACGUUUCUUUCAUCAAGGUCUACUGCAGGGACAGCAGAGUGGAUGGCUCCAGAAGUCCUAAGAAAUGAACCUUCUGAUGAAAAGUGUGAUGUAUACAGCUUUGGUGUUGUUUUAUGGGAGCUUUGCACAAUGCAACAACCAUGGAGUGGAAUGAAUCCAAUGCAAGUUGUUGGUGCAGUUGGUUUUCAACAUAGGCGUCUUGAUAUUCCUGAUGACAUGGACCCUGUCAUUGCUGACAUCAUCACUAGAUGUUGGCACACAGAUCCAAGACAACGACCUACUUUUGCCAACAUCAUGGCUGCCUUGAAGCCACUUCAGAAGCCGAAUACAAGUUCUAAAACACCGAAAGACUAGUCGAAUUGGAUUGCAUACAAUCUUAGAAUAAUGAAUUUGUGCAAGUUAUUUGUUCGGUACACAUUGUGAGAAAUAUGUCACAUCAUUGUUAAAAAAUGGCAAUGAACACACAAGUUUUAAAGAAUUUUGAUUUUUUUUCUUCCGAUAUGGUCAUUUUCAUGUUUUUUAAGGUUGUUCAUGUGACCAUCUCAAUUUCAUCUUUUGUAAAUUCGUGUUGUAUCGAGGUC